AGGGGACUGUUUGCUCCUACGGGCUGUAGAUGGAGCUGUCCGGCCCCGGCGAGGGGGAAGACGCCUGGAAAACGUUCUUCUUCUCCCUGGCCGGCCCGAGCGGGGAACAGCACUCCCAGGAUGCAGUUUGUGUCAACACGGCCGCAGCCUCAGCAGCUGGGCAUCCAGGGCCUGGGGCUGGACAGCGGGAGCUGGAGCUGGGCCCAGGCUCUGCCCCCAGAGGAGGUCUGCCACCAGGAGCCGGCGUUGCGCGGGGAAAUGGCCGAGGGAAUGCCGCCCAUGCAGGCUCAAGAAUGGGACAUGGAUGCCCGGCGACCGAUGCCUUUUCAGUUCCCACCCUUCCCAGAUAGGGCACCUGUCUUCCCUGACCGAAUGAUGAGAGAGCCCCAGCUGCCCACGGCGGAGAUCUCACUCUGGACCGUGGUGGCUGCCAUUCAGGCCGUGGAGAGGAAGGUGGAUGCCCAGGCCAGCCAGCUGCUAAAUCUGGAGGGGCGGACGGGGACAGCCGAGAAGAAGCUGGCCGACUGCGAGAAGACGGCCGUGGAGUUUGGGAACCACAUGGAGAGCAAAUGGGCCGUGCUGGGGACCCUGCUGCAGGAGUACGGGCUGCUGCAGAGGCGGCUUGAGAACAUGGAGAACCUGCUGAGAAACAGGAACUUCUGGGUCCUGCGGCUACCCCCGGGCAGCAAGGGGGAGGUCCCCAAGGUUCCAGUGACUUUCGUCGACAUUGCUGUUUACUUCUCUGAGGACGAGUGGAAGAACUUGGACGAAUGGCAGAAGGAGCUUUACAACAACCUUGUGAAGGAGAACUACAAAACCCUCAUGUCCCUGGACGCAGAGGGCCCAGUCCCCAAGCCAGAUGCUCCGCCCCAGGUUGAGCCCAGGGAAGAGCCUUGCGUGUGGGAGCAGCGUGACCCAGAAGAGAGAGAAAUCCUGAUGGAUCCGGACACAGGAGCCGAGCCUCUGGUGCCUGCACAGGACGCAUCCUCUCAGGUGAAGCAGGAGGAAGCCCUGUGUACCCGGGGUCAGCGGGGCCUGGAGGAAAGAGCCAUCCCCGCGGAAUCCAUUACCGACUCGCCAGCCUCUGCCCAGGACCUCUUGUCCCGCAUCAAACAGGAGGAGCACCCAUGUGUGUGGGAUCAGCAGGAGUUGGCAGACAGAGAUAUCCCAACGGACCCCAAUUCAGAGUCUCUGAUCUCAGCACAUGACAUUUUGUCAUGGAUCAAGCAGGAGGAGCAGCCGUACCCAUGGGGCCCGCGCGACUCAAUGGAAGGAGAACUCGGAUUAGAUUCUGGCCCCAGUGACAGCCUGCUGCUGGUGAAGAACCCCGCCCCGGCCCCGCCGCCUCAGCCCGCGCCAUCGAGCCUGCCCCCACCCCCGGCGGCUGAGAACGCGGGCGGUCCCCCGAGCCGGGGCACAGCCGGGCUGCUGGACGAAGGCUUCCCCGCGCUGGCCGGGGAGCGCGGCGCCGCCGGCGGGGCGCAGGCGGGCGGCGGGGGCGCGGGUGGAGGUCCGGGGGGCGGCGGGGGCUGCGGCAGCUGCUGCCCAGGCGGCGGGCUCCGACGGGGCCUCCUGCACGGCGCGCGCAGCAAGCCCUACUCGUGCCCCGAGUGCGGCAAGAGCUUCGGCGUGCGCAAGAGCCUCAUCAUCCAUCAUCGCAGCCACACCAAGGAGCGGCCGUACGAGUGCGCCGAGUGCGAGAAGAGCUUCAACUGCCACUCGGGCCUCAUCCGCCACCAGAUGACGCACCGCGGCGAGCGGCCCUACAAGUGCUCCGAGUGCGAGAAGACCUACAGCCGCAAGGAGCACCUGCAGAACCACCAGCGGCUGCACACGGGCGAGCGGCCCUUCCAGUGCGCGCUCUGCGGCAAGAGCUUCAUCCGCAAGCAGAACCUGCUCAAGCACCAGCGCAUCCACACGGGGGAGCGGCCCUACACGUGCGGCGAGUGCGGCAAGAGCUUCCGCUACAAGGAGUCGCUCAAGGACCACCUGCGCGUGCACAGCGGCGGCCCAGGCCUCGGCCUCGGGGCCUCGCGGCCCCUCCAGGCGCCUCCCGAGCGAGACUAGGGCUGGGCUGGGGGAGGGGAGGGCCCUGCGGCCGAGCCGGGCUGGGGGCGGGUCUGGGGGCGGCCUGAGGACCCACGAUCCUGCCCGUGGCUCUCGGGGCGCCUUCCCUCCCUCCACCUGCCACCUACUGGCAAUCAGGAACAGGAAUUGCACCCCAAACAGGGUCCCCUAGACCUGUCCGGCCUGAAUGGACAGACAGCCCAACUCAUCUCAUAGGGUGGACCAUGAGCCGGCUCAGCGGCUUCUCGAAGGCAAGGUGCCAGAGGGACAGUGACAAGGCCAGAGGCUUCGGGUACCCCCCCUCAGGCACCUGGAGUGCCCAUUUGGCCACUGGGGUCACCGAUUGUGACCAGGGGAAGCAACCAGGGAGUCUCAGAAGCCUUCUGCGAUAAGAAAAUCAGGUCCCAAGGUUAAGAGACCCUGAAAAGGGAAGCGUAGGUGCGAGGUGAGCUGAGGGUUGUGCUAAGGCACAGACCAUCUCUGGCGACGACACUGCCUCACGUUUGAAUAGCCCUUUCUACUUUUUUUAAACGUGUUUUCUAUCCGUUCUCGACUCUCACCCUUAGCCUAUCCCUCUGAAGUAGGUGGGGUAGGAUUUGCCUGACUUGGUAACUGAGGAAAGGAGAUGUAGGUGAGAUGGUUUAGCCAAAUUCACAGGAGAAGAGAGUGGCAGAGCUGGGAGCAGGGCUCCUGACCUCAGCGCAGUGUCCCCCACCACACACACUGCCUACCUCUGAUGUUUGAGAGACCUUUCUGGCCUGGCUUCUCUUGGUCUCUCUCCUCUCCCUUUCCCCUGAGCCACCAAAAAUAAUUAGAAGCCACAGGGAGUCAACUCCAGGGGUUACUGGGAAUGGCGAACACAUUGGCUACAAAAUGCCCCUGGUUGUGCUUCCAAAAGGCCCUUCCUAAAUGGGUGCUCCUGGGCCGCAGGGCCCUGGCCCCCAGCCCACCCUCCCCCCCCAGUCCCUCCGUCUGGUGCAGCAGCCUCUCUUCACUGCACAGUAGUGACCCGGCCCUCCAGAGGCUGCAGGUGCCCUGAGUCAGACCUCACUCUGAUGAUUGGUUCCAGUUUCCCCAGGGCAAAGGGGUGAGAGCCUCGUGCUGCAGGGGCCGCCAUCCAGGAAGUGAGUCUCCUCCCAGGAGGGCCGGGCAAGUGGGUGCUAGAGUCUGACAGCCUCAGUCUCUCUCCUGCCCAAGCCUCCUGACCGGUGCUAUCUCAACCGACCACGCUCAUGGACUCGGACACAGACCUCUGCUCCACACCCUGCAGGCGCCUCAGGAGGUGCCCAAAGGACUCCCUUGUAUUGGUGCAUCUGCUCCAGGUCCCGAGGGGCCAGUCUCCAUUUCUGCAUCUUGCAUGGCCAGGCACUGGGUUGGGGUGGCAUGCCCCAGGACCCUUGUUUGCUUCGAGAAUGACUUUUCCUGCUCCUCCAUUGACCCUGCCGCUCUCCCAGCUGGGGAGCCCAACGGGCAUCCAGCACCACGUCUGUGAGCGCUCUGCUUCCGCACCCCCCCCACCUGCGCCGCUCUGCUUUCCUCAGACCCCUUUUUGCCAUGCAAAGGGAAUUCCUGAAAUUAAAUAAAAAGGUGUCCCGAUUGCAGACUGCAUGUUCGCAAGGCUGGGGAUUCUCCAGCGUGGCUUAGUACAGGGAAGCCGUGAUGAACUGGAAUCCAACUAAUGGAUUCUUUUGUCUUCAUUCUGCUUUUGGAAGGAGGCAAAUCUUAAGAGAAUGAGUUGAAUGAGAAAGUAAGCAUUGUCAUGUUCAGUGGAGUUUUGUCAGAGCGGAAGGCAACCCUUUAGUCCAGUGUUUUGGUUCGGAGGGGCAGUGUUCAGCUUCUUAAAAGCAUAUGCAGAAAAAUCAGUAUUUUCAUAAUCUAAAUUACGGAAAAUAAGACCAACAAAUGUUGUUUUGGCUGUUGAGAGUAUGAAGAAAGGGGAGAAAUCACUAUUGAGACAUGGGUUUGAAACAUUUGAGCACGUACUUCAAGUGUAUCCCUUUAUUUUACCAUUAAAGAGCUGAUUCCCAAAGAGGUUUAAUGAUGGAGCAAGUACGAGGGCUAACACUCAGUAUCUAGUUUCCUGGAUCCCAGUCUGGUGGCUCCCGUGGCACCAAGAGCCCCUUAGCUUCCCCACGGGUGGCCCCAGCCUCCAGUGAUGGCCCCUGGAGAGUCCUAAAGUGAGCUUAUCCAAAGUGGUAACACUCAAUGUGGACCUCUCCCAGGUAGCAAGGAUUCUCAGUCCACUUUCUGAAGCAGAAUAGGGGGCUGCUUUGGGACAGGUUUUUAUUCUCCUGAUAAUGUGUUGAUUAAAUUAACUUUUAAAGAUUAAUGCACACAGUAAAAACUCAAACGGUAAAAAAAAAAAAAGUAACACUCUCCUAUCAGACUCCCUUGUUGAGAAGCAUCCACUGCUACAGAAAGAGCUGCUUAUAUGUCCUUCCAGAACUGGAGAAGUCCCCAAAGAGAAUCAGAUGAUAUGCCCAAAGGAGGGAGAAGUACUAGGCUGCCGAAGUGAUCCGAUGUCCACUGCACACAUACAGCAGAGUGGGACACAGCUUGGGCCGAGGUGUGUUUGUUCCAGGAGCCUCACUGACCUGCAAGCCUAGUGAGCCAUGCUCCCCAGGGGGUUAUUUUUCUUUCAAGAGAAAGAACACAAAGGACAUGGUCCCUGCCAUGUGGAGACUUGUAGAAUAGUAAGGGGAACAGAACAGAAAGGGCCUCUACUAAGUGGAAUAAAGCCGCGGCCUAUAAACUUUCUUGACUAAAAAAAUGUUUGGGCAUACAUGUAUGUACAUAUAUGCUAAGCUUAUGUAUGCUAUAAAUCAUACACAUGUUAGAAAAUGUAAAGGAUAAGAUAUUUUUAAAGCAUUUUAAUUUAUUUGUGAUUCAAAGAAUACUUUUUUUCUGUCACUAGCAAUGAGGUUGUGGGUGAGAUAAUGUCUAAGGUCCCGUUCAGCUCUGCAUGUUACAAUCGUUCUACAGAUGUAGAGACGACAGGAUACAGGUCCUAAGAGUAUAUUUUCUUGAUUCCUCUGGUACCACUGCCACCAAUGGGAAUAAUUGUGAACCUCAUUUAAAAGUUUAUUUAAAGUGUGUGUUGAGAUCUGACUGUCAUUGGGAAAGGACAAAUGGGUGGCUUCUAACAGACACAAGGCGACAUUUAUCUUGCUGAAUUCAUUGCAGUUCAAGGCGUGGACCUUGCCAGGGUGAAAACAAACCAAAAUGAGAAAUUGCCUCCUAUUGAAUGCUUGCUCUACGGCAGGCAUUCAGCUACAUACGCACUUUAAUUACACCUGUCAUUUAUUUUAAUUCCAUCAACACUCCUAGGAUGUGGUGUUCGUAUUCUCAGUGAAAGACACCAAGGCAGAGUGAGCAUGAACUACACCACUUAGAAAGUGAAGGAGCCGGAUGCAAAGAAUAAUCGCAAUCUUGAGUUCUUACUCUACGACAGGCCCUGUUUUAAGCACUUGACCCAACACAUUUAGUCUGUACAACUCUGAGAUACGGGCUAUUAUUAUUUCCCACUAAUAAUGAGGAAAUGGAAGUGCUGAGAAGUGAAUGACUUGCCCAAGGUCCUCAGCUACGAGUAGUAAGUGGUAACACUGGGUUAGAGACCCGGAUGGUCUCCCUCCUCGGCCCCACUUUCUAACUCACGGUGCAACGCCAUCUCCGAAAGCCAGGAGACUGCAAACCAGUGUCUGGUGCUGCCUCGCUUGCACGCUGGAAAUGUGAUCUAAAUGUUUUUCCAGACUUCAGGCUCAGAGUCAGGGAUGCUGAAUCAUGCCAACUCGAGAGACUGUUGGAUAAUCCAGAGUAUCCAUUUAGUAAUUUCCAGGGGUGGACUGGACAUUUGCAUCAGCCUGAAGUGUAUGUUGUCUCCCGGUAGGUACACGGGAACCUGCAUCAUCAGAAGAUUGCCUGGUAAACAUAGAAACGGAAUAGAGGGCGUGAAUUCUAUAACUGAACUGUUUAAUGACCUCAAUAUCCUGUCCUAAUAAGUCUGUCUUCACAAUCAUGGUACAUUAUUUUCUGUAUUUGCAGCAUGUUUUCAUUGGCCUGAGAGAGUAGGUCAGACCCUGGAUGUAUCUCUGUGGCUGAUUUUUCCUCCACCUGGCCCAUCCUUUCUUUAGAUAUUAAUGAUUCAAUCAAUCUCCUCUCCAUCUGUUGUCUUGGACAUCAUGCCUUCUCUUGGAGGUGACUUUUCCUAGCCUUACUCUCUGAUUCACCACUGAAUCAUCCAAAAAUAUUUAUGAGCAUUUGUGUGUGCAAGAAAUGGAGGAUGCCAUGGAGAGACAUUUUAGUAAAAGAGAUACAUAAUUACCAUGUAAACUAAAGCAGGGGAAAAUGAGGUUAUUUCAAAUAGUGAUAAAUGCUAUGAAAAAUUUUGAAGAGGGUAACUAGAUUGAGGGUUGGCGUGAAGAAGGAUGUAGACAGGGAGGGUAGGUAAAGUCUGACCUGAGCCGCACAUGGUAAGGACCUAGUCAUGUGAAGGUAAACAUUUAGUUCUCAGAGGAAGCGCUUACGUCUAUCAUUGAAGUGGAAAUUCAUUGCGAGUCACUACAGAGAUAAUGUGGCACAAAUUAGGCAAGUAUGGCUGCGGUAAGGUUGUGUAUUGGGUGAUCAUGCCUUCCAAACCAAAACUCCAAACACGUUAUUUAACAUGUAGCACAUACACUGGAUUAACUAUUAGAAA